GGCAAUCAGGUCGGGAACGGGGGAAGAAGAGCCAGCAGGAGGGACCGGGUUUCGGGCUGGCGGCCGGCAGGCAUGCCCUGCCAGCCCCGGCCGGUAGCACCAACCCCCGCCGCCGCAGCAGCAGCAGCAGAGGCGAGCGUCGAGGUCCGCCGAGCGACGGGUAAAUAGCUUUGCCAGUUGUGGUUUGUCCCCCACCCAUCCCACGCAGCAGCCAUGAAGUUUCGCCUCCUUGCUGCUUAUGCACUGCUAUUCAUGGUCUCCCGAUGCCGAGCUGUCAGCUUUCCAGAAGAUGAUGACCCUAUUAACGUGGUCGACUACCACUAUUCCAGGCAAUAUCCAGUGUUUAGAGGACGCCCUUCAGGCAACGAAUCCCAACACAAGCUGGACUUUCAACUGAUGUUGAAAAUUCGAGACACACUUUAUAUAGCUGGCAGGGACCAAGUUUAUACUGUCAACUUGAAUGACAUUCCAAAAGGAGAAGUUGUUCCGAGCAAGAAGUUAACAUGGCGGUCAAAGCAACAGGACAGAGAGAACUGCGCUAUGAAAGGAAAACACAAAGAUGAAUGCCAUAAUUUUAUUAAAGUCUUCGUCCCCAGGAAUGAUGAGAUGGUGUUUGUCUGUGGAUCGAACGCUUUUAAUCCUAUGUGCCGUUACUAUCGGCUGAAUACCUUGGAGUAUGAUGGUGAUGAAAUUAGUGGCUUGGCAAGAUGCCCAUUUGAUGCCAAGCAAACCAAUGUUGCCCUCUUUGCUGAUGGAAAACUCUAUUCUGCCACAGUGGCAGAUUUCUUGGCAAGUGACGCAGUUAUUUAUCGAAGCAUGGGGGACGGGUCGGCAUUACGAACAAUAAAGUAUGAUUCCAAGUGGAUAAAAGAGCCCCAUUUCCUUCACGCCAUUGAGUACGGGAACUUUGUUUAUUUCUUCUUUCGAGAGAUUGCUGUGGAACAUAAUAAUUUAGGCAAGGCUGUGUAUUCCCGUGUGGCUCGCAUCUGCAAAAACGACAUGGGAGGCUCUCAGAGAGUACUGGAAAAACACUGGACAUCAUUUCUGAAAGCCCGUCUCAACUGUUCAGUGCCUGGGGAUUCAUUUUUCUACUUUGAUGUACUACAGUCUAUCACAGACAUCAUUGAAAUCAGUGGCAUCCCAACCGUUGUCGGCGUUUUCACAACACAGCUGAACAGCAUCCCUGGGUCAGCAGUCUGUGCCUUCAGCAUGGAGGACAUUGAGAAAGUCUUCAAAGGAAGAUUUAAAGAGCAAAAAACCCCAGACUCUGUUUGGACAGCUGUACCAGAAGACAAAGUUCCGAGGCCAAGACCUGGUUGCUGUGCAAAACACGGCCCAGCAGAGGCUUACAAAACCUCCAUUGAUUUCCCAGAUGAAACGCUUUCUUUCAUCAAGUCCCAUCCUUUGAUGGAUUCCGCCGUUCCAUCUGUCAUCGAGGAGCCAUGGUUCACAAAGACAAGAGUCAGGUAUCGGUUGACUGCAAUUGCAGUGGAUCAUUCAGCUGGCCCAUAUCAAAACUACACAGUCAUCUUUGUGGGCUCUGAAGCUGGAAUGGUGCUUAAGAUCUUGGCAAAGACCAAAGCUUUUUCUCUGAAUGACAGCAUAUUACUGGAAGAGAUUGAUGCUUACAAUCAUGCAAAAUGUAAUGGGGAUGGUGAAGAGGACAAAAAAGUCAUCUCUCUGCAGCUGGACAAAGAGCACCAUGCGUUGUUCAUUGCAUUCUCCAGCUGCAUCAUUAGAAUUCCCCUCAGUCGUUGUGAACGUCAUGGAUCAUGUAAAAAGACUUGCAUUGCUUCUCAGGACCCUUACUGUGGCUGGUUGAACCAUGGGGCCUGCGGAAGAGUGAGAGCGAGCAUGUUGUUGUCUUUGUUUGUUUCAUACAACCACAGCACUGGAGGGUAUGAGCAAGACGUGGAAUACGGCAACACUGCCCAACUGGGGGAUUGCCAUGAAAUUUUGCCUACUACAACUACACCAGAUUACAAAAUAUUUGGCGAUCCAACAUCUGACAUGGCGUUAUCCUCAGCUUCCAUUACCACAGUGGGAAGUAUCCCAGUUAUCUCGCCCAAAGUGAUUGGUUCCUGGAAACCUAAAGUGACUGGCUCUCGGAAAUUUGUAGCUCAAGAUGACCCAAACACUUCUGAUUACUCUGAACCUUUAUCAGGGGUUCCAAAGGGUGUGAGGUGGGAAGUCCAGUCGGGUGAUUCCAACCAAAUGGUUCACAUGAACGUCCUGAUUACUUGCGUCUUUGCGGCUUUCCUCCUGGGAGCAUUUAUCGCUGGAGUGGCUGUUUACUGUUACCGGGAUGUUUUUGUGAGGAAGUCGAGGAAGAUUCACAAGGAUGCUGAAUCGGCUCAGUCCUGCACGGAUUCAAGUGGGAGUUUUGCCAAACUGAACGGCCUCUUUGACAGCCCUGUUAAAGAGUAUCAGCAGAAUAUUGACUCGCCCAAACUUUAUUCCAAUCUGCUGACCAGCCGCAAAGAGCUGCCCCCGACUGCUGACACAAAGUCAAUGUUGAUGGUGGACCACAGAGCCCAACCACCAGAACUGGCCGCUCUUCCAACCCCAGAAUCAACCCCAGUGCUGCAGCAGAAGGCUUUGCAGGCCAUGAAAAGCCAGAUGGACAAGGCCCAGAACAACCUCAGCGCUUCAAGAAAAGAAGCCCCCUUGAAGAGUCCUCAGUUUUUUCCCUCCAGUCCCCCACCCCAUUCUCCUCUAAGUCAUGCACAUAUCCCCAGUGCAAUUGUUCUUCCCAAUGCCACCCAUGAUUACAAUAUGUCCUUCUCCAACUCUAACGCGCACAAAGGGGACAAAAAGAUGCCGAAUGUGGAUCACCCGCUUGCUAAGUCAUCAGGCAAAAGAGACCACAGGCGAUCGGUGGAUUCCAGGAACACCUUGAAUGAUUUCCUGAAACAUUUAAACGAAACCCCUAGCAAUCCCAAAGCCAUUAUGGCUGACAUUCAAGUAGCUCACCAGACUUUAAUGUUGGAUUCCAUGGGCAAUGUGACCGAGGUCCCCCCCAAAGUCCCCAACCGGGAAGCAUCUUUAUAUUCUCCUCCAUCCACCCUGCCACGAAAUAGUCCGACAAAACGGGUGGAUGUCCCCAACACGCCGGCAGUACCAAUGACCUCUUUAGAAAGACAAAGGGGCUAUCACAAAAAUUCUUCCCAGCGGCAUUCUAUAUCAGCCCUUCCUAAAAACUUAAACUCCCCAAAUGGGAUGCUGCUGUCCAGGCAGCCUAGCAUUAACCGGGGAGGAUAUAUGACUCCCACCGGGAGCACAAAAAUGGACUACAUCCAAGGGACACCGGUCAGUGUCCACCUACAGCCUUCCUUGUCUAGGCAAAGCAGUUACACAAGCAAUGGAACACUUCCUCGGACAGGGAUAAAGAGGAUGCCCUCUCUAAAACCAGAUGUGCCACCCAAACCCUCCUUUGUUCCACAGACGCCUUCAGUCAGACCACUGAACAAAUACAGUUACUAAAACUUGCUUAAUCAAUCCAGAACUUGGGGCAAUGGUGCAGGACAGAUGGAAAGACUCUGACUCGCUUGUCAUGGAGGGCAUGGGGGGAACCGAAUUUGGGGGCAAAGAGGCUGUUUUAGCUCCAUCCGCUGGUUUUGCCUGGUACACCUGGCCCAAAGCAAGACUCCACUUGCUAGAUGCAUUACAAGAAGGGAAGGGCUGGCCACUGCAUUUCUUGUGUUGGGAGAGUAGGAGAGAUGUAGCACAAAAGGACGGGACUCCGUGGCCACUUUCAAAAGAGCUGUUUAGAGUACUUAGGGAGGAAGCAGAUCCGUGAACAAAAAUACUUGAAAAUAAGAAUAAUUAAAAUAAGAAUAAAAUGGGGUUUGUUUUAGACUGCCAUACUGUGUAGUCUUCCCAUGAAAUGUGAACGAUUUACUAUGUAUGCAUUUGCCUUGCCUCUUGCACAAAUAUCAGAACAAGAAAAUGUCUCAAUAAGUAUGUUGGUUAAGAAGCAACGUGCUGAACUUCAGUCUCUAGUCCAACUGUAGCAUUUUUAUUUUUGCCUCCAAAGGACAACAGUUUGUUUUAUGGCACAGAUAAAAAAAGGGGGGGGGAAUGUUCAUGGGGUGCGUGUGAGAGUGGGUGCAUGCAAGUGUGUGAGAAAGCCUUGAAUCCUAGGAGGUACUCGAUUCCAUUGCGUUGUCUGAAUAGGAAUGUUUACAUUUGUGACGGAACAAGACCUUACCAAUGGCUUCAACUCUGGCACUCUUGCCUUGCAAAGAUGCGCUGCAGAACUCAUGCACCAGGCUUUGUGAUAUUGAUUGUGGCAUAACACACAAUUAGGUGCAAUGUGAAACAGGCCAAACAUAGAUACUCAAAGCCAGGCUGCCAUAGAGUUAGGUAUCUAAUUUCCAAAUGUCAUUUUAAUGGGUUUCCAUUGACCCAACCCCUCUAUUUAGUUUACUGUCCUUCCAGACAUGAAGUGCUGAAGCCAUUCAGUAUAGAGGUUCUCAAUCUUCCCAAAUUUCAGAUUCAUCUUAAUGAAGGAAAAAGAGGACAUUCCCAUGGAGGAAAAUACCCCAAACUUCUGUUUUUCAAAUGCAAAGAGUUGAUCCAUAGCUUCAUGCAGUCUUUUUCCACCAUCUGUCUUAAGCUAGUGGGAAGUAAAGGAGAAACCACAUUGUCUUUUAUGUAUCCAACAACAUGUUCAGGAAAAGCCUGAGAGGGGAUAAGAAGGUAUGUUUGCUGUUGUGCAUCUCUGAUAACUGCUUACAUCAUUGUAAGGCAAUUCUUCUCACUUUUAAAGAGCUCUGUUGAACUUAAUGAGUAUGUUCCCACAACACACUAAGCCAGUAUUCUCUAAUCUGGUCUUCUUCCAGAUGAGCUGGGACUACAAUUCCCAAUAGUCCAACCUGGGCUGACUUAGAAUUCUGGGAGUUGUGGGUACAACACAUCUUGAAGACACUAGGUUGAGGAAGGGUCAACUGAAACAGCAAUAGGCAAUUAGGAGCUCUCCAGAUAGUGCUAAGCUACAAGUCCCAGCAUCCCUAGGAAGCAUGGCCAAUAGUGAAUGGUGAAGGAUACUGGAAGUUGUAGUUAGUAAUAUCUAGUUGUCUACCCCUGCAUGAAGCUCUGUGGCUUCUUCCCAAGUUUUGAAACUGUACCAUUCCAACACUCAUGGUAGGAACCAGCAGGUACAAGCAAUGUUCUCCCUGUUGUAGCAGAAGUUGGCUUUGGAUAUCAUGUGAACACACCCAAAUUCAUAAGUGUUCAUAAGUGAGGGAGGAUAAAUAUGACAAAUUCCCCAUAAUACAGCCAUCCCCCAAUGUCUUAGCAGGAUCCAUCCAUCAAAAUUCAACAGAAGCACAGCCCAUAUUUUCAGCUUGUGGUUUCUCUGAAGCCAUGCCAAUAUUGUAAAUAUUCUAUGUGUGAACUUACUCAGAUCUGUGCAUUUUGUGCCUUAUUCACAAAGAAUGAUUUUUUUUUAAAUCACUUACUAUUAAAAUCCUGUCAAGUGUUCUCUGUAAUAGUACAUCAUAAACCCCUGAGUGCUGUAAGUUCUCUCUGCAGUGUCCAAAAACAUGAAAGGAAGGAGCAGGGAGGGAAGGGAUUAAUAUUUUCUGCAGAACCAUUCAUUAUCCAUGAAAAGGUAAUCUAUAAGCCAAGGAAGUAGCAAUCUUGCUGUGCUAAAUCUAUAAACCCUGAAUUGCUUAAGAAUCAAACUGUUACAAUGGGAAAUUGCAUGAGGUUUCUAGGAUAAUACAACCCAGCUGAAGUUGCAUAUGGUAGUUUGCUACAGUGUGUGCUUGUAGCUGAUUGUCAACUCAGAUGGGGAUCUUAGAUUGUGUAUGAUGUUCCACCAUUUGGUUGCUGAACACUGCAGCCUCCGUAGCCAACCGCUCGUUGACAGGUCAAAUGACUCCCAUGCAAAAGAUCUGUUUCUAUUAUAAGUGGAAAAAAAAAUACGUUUUUAAAGGGAUUGUUCUUUAAUAUAGACAAUUAAACUUUUCCAAUCUGUAAGUCAAGCAUUACUUCUCCCCCCCCAAAUACCACAAGUAAUUUUCCUUAAAAUAUCUCAGCCUUGCAACUAAUACCUUUUAAAUUUAUUUUUAAAAAAUCAAAUGGCAAAAAUGUAAUUGACGUCACUUUACAAUUAUUAAUGAGUAAUACAUACUUGUGUAAAACUGAAACAUAAGUGUUAUGUGAACCCAAAUAACUUUUCUGUAACAUUGUGCUGCCUCGUUAGAUGGUAAUGUGAGUCAUCUCAAUAUUUCUGUUGAAACCUCUAACAUUCAACAUAGUCUUUAUUCUGUUAAUUUAUAAUUUGUGUUGGGUUUUGUUUUUUAAAAUAAACACAUGCUUUAUCCAUUUGUGCAAAGGUAAAUGCAGAUUGUAUCUUUUUUAAUGGUACAGCUUAAAAAAGUAACCCUAAAAACAAAAGGAGAAAAGACGAGAAAAGCUGCUCUAUACAAGCUAUGGAGUACUUUAACAUGUAUAGAUAUCUUGUAAACUUGUAUUGUGGAUGUGUAAAUAAUACGUCCUUUGGGUUUUUAACACCGCAUGUAAAGAUAAAAUAAACUCUUCAAAAGUA